AUGGAGACGUUGCGUCAAAUUCAGUUGAAUAUUCCUUUGAUGGAUGCCUUGAGGGAGAUGCCAGGUUAUGCGAAGAUGAUGAAGGACCUCAUGUCACAGAAGUUUGAUUUUCAGGACUUAUCCACAGUGACUCUGACGCAGACCUGCAGCGCAGUAGUGACAAGAUCGAUGGCCCAAAAAAUGUCCGACCCAAGUAGCUUCACUAUUCCAUGCACGAUUGGGAGUUAUGCAUUUCCAAAGCUGGCUGACCGCACGGUUAAAAGGCCAACUGGGAUUCUUGAUGAUGUGUUGGUGCAAGAGGGGAAGUUCGUGUUCCCUACAGAGUUUGUUAUUCUGGACUGUCAGGUAGAUGAGGAGAUACCUACCAUUUUAGGUAGGCCAUUUUUGGCCAGUGGGAGAGCACUGAUCGAUUGUGAGACUGGGGAAUUAAAAAUGAGACUGAACGAUGAAGAAGUCAUAUUUAAUGUUCAGCAAUCAAUGAUGAGACCCAGUGAAUAUGCUAAUUGCUCCCUAGUGGAGGCAGUGGAUGUGAUCCUGCAAGAAGAUGAUGUGACCCUGACUACUAAAGAUCCAUUGGAGACAUGCCUGAAAAAUUUAGAAGAGAUGGAUGGUGAAGGGUUAUCUGAGUGGGUCAUGGCACUUGAAGGCCAAGGAUUCUGGAAAAGGGAACCUCGGUUCGAGUCCCUUGACUUAGAAAAAAAAGCUACACCUACAGUAAAGCCAUCAGUAGAGAAACCACCCAAGCUGGAGUUGAAACCACUCCCAGCUCACCUCAGGUACGUUUUCUUAGGCCUUGAUUCAACUUUGCCUAUCAUUAUAUCAUCCGAUUUGCUAGAUGUGCAGGUAGAACUGCUCUUACAGCCUACUCUGUUCAAGGAUGCCCAUGCUUGGGUUAAAAACUGCGAUGAAUGCCAAAGGACUGGCAACAUAUCUCGUAGACACGAGAUGCCAAUGACCACAAUUCAAGAGGUGGAGAUUUUUUACAUGUGGGGGAUUGACUUCAUGGGGCCAUUUGUCAGCUUGUAUGGUAACAAGUACAUAUUGGUAGUAGUUGACUACGUCUCCAAGUGGGUCGAAGCAGUGGCUCUCCCGAAAUGA